AUGAGAACUCCGGCGCAGGCUAGGCGCCAUUGCAUCUGCGAGGGAAAGAAUGAAAUUCGAGCGAAAACUUAUAAAGACUUGCACAAGCGAGAGCAUUCAUACCUCAUAGAUGGACUACGUUUUGAUACAUUUGCUCGGCAUCGAGAAAAGUCCCCAUUCUUACACUCGCUCAUCAAAGAACGAAAGGGCGUAUAUGCAGUUUCCCGCACUCAUGUGCCAACAGAAUCACGGCCUGGUCAUGUGGCUAUUUUUGCCGGAUUCACCGAAGAUGUCAGCGCAGUUGCUCGUGGAUGGAAGCAUAACCCUGUACCGUUUGAUAGCAUCUUUAACAGAUCAAAGGAGUCGUGGAUGUGGGGAAGCCCGGAUAUUAUGACCCUUUUCGACAACUACGCUCAUGUCCACUCUUUCAUGUACUCUGAGAGCGAUGAGGACUUCGGAUCCAACGAGGCGUAUAAGCUUGAUGAAUGGGUUUUCACUCAUGUCGAGAUUUGUUUGGUACCCACUUUUUUGAAGGAAUUCUUCAACGAUGCCAAAAACGACGCCGCGCUAAAACAACGUCUCACGUCUGACAAGCAAGUCUUCUUCCUCCAUCUGUUAGGCCUCGAUACGAAUGGGCACGGAAAUAAGCCACAUUCCAAGGAGUAUUUAGACAACAUUCAAGUGGUUGAUCGCGGAAUAGAGCGUACGCAGCAAGUGUUCAAUGAGUUUUUCAAUGAUGAAGCCACGGCAUUUGUAAUGACGGCCGAUCAUGGAAUGACGGAUUGGGGAUCGCAUGGAGCGGGAAGUGACGACGAGGUGUUGACUCCAUUUGUCGCAUGGGGAGCAGGAUUGCAGAAAGGAGGCGCGACGAGUACUAUUUCUCAGGUUGAUCUCACACCAUUGCUUGCUUCGCUGAUCGGAGUGGCUGUACCUGUUAAUUCCAUGGGUAUACUUCCUAUUCAAGUACUUGAUGUUUCGCCAAAUUACAUGUUCAAAAGCAGUCUUGCCAACUUUUUGCAGCUCAAAGAGCAGUUUUUGGUGCUGAGAGCAGAGAAAGCGAAACGUCUUUGGUUUCAAGAGUUUGGAACGUUCGGCUUGAAAGCGUUGGAAUCUUUGGAAGUGGAAAUAAUGAAGCUAGCAAAGUUACGCCGAUUCGCUGCUGCUUCUUCGUUGUUUGUGGAGAAUGCGCCUUAUAUAAAGAAAGCUAUAUUCCACUAUCAUCGCUACGACCGCGCAUUUCUUGGCGCGGCUAUAAGCUGCUGUUUCAUGGCAUGGAUAGCGCUGGUGUGGUGUUAUCUCACGAGAGAUCGAUCCGUGCCUAUAUUCACACGGAAAACAUUGGUUCCAAAUAGGAUAUUCUCUGGUUUACUUGCUUUUAUGGUGGUUUUCUGCCUGUACUGCAGACUACCGUUGACGAACUGGUUCUACUUGUUACUGCCGCUAUUUCUACUCUCUGUCAUUGAAAAUGUACUCAAUGUAACAAACAAUGUCUGUGCUUUCAUUGGCUACUGCGUUGCCAAUUACUCGACUGUGUCCUUCUCGUUUCUGCUUCAACCAUUUCUUCUACUUAUUGGAACAAGUGUUCUCCUUUUCAUAUACGUUAUCAUAUUUAUGGAUCGUAGGUUUCUGGCCGCCUUGUUUAUUUUGUUGACGCUCGUGCCGAAUUUAUACAGCUCAAAAGUAGCCGAGCAAUGGGCAAGGGUAUGGCAGUUUACCUGUAUUGCACUUCUGCUGUUUCCUUUCCUUCCUAAUGUCGGCAAAUCUGAAAUACCUUUGUUGUGUAUUGGAGCACCUCUGCUACUAGCCAUCGUAUUACGGAAACUGUCUCGACACUACUUAUUGGAGAGAAAAUCUAAGGAUUUGUGCAACCUAUCACUGAUGUUGGUCGUGACAGCUGUGCUGAUUCUGGCGUCAUCUUACUUGUUCCAAAAGCCCCCAGCUCUUCUUCGUCUGAUUUCUUGGCUUUCGUUGCCAUUUUCACUGCUGCUGCCACUUUUCUCACCUCCUACAAUUGUGGAUAGAAGCUCUCUGUUCGUGCCAUAUUCUUUACUAUCAAUAGCUUAUGAAUCAACUUUCACACUGUGCUUCAUUCCACUUUUAUUGAUGUUCCUUCGAUUUGAGUUCAGCCAUUUGUCCGACGUUGAAUUUCUUCAUCUUCCUGCCGACCAAUCUCUAGAUGCUGCUUGUACUUCGCGAUCAAGCAGAGUCACAGGCGCUGAAUUGAGACGAGCGGUGAUUUGUGUCAGCUUUGUAUUGGCUACGAUAUUUGGAACUGGGAAUUUUGCAUCGAUGAACUCAUUUAAUCCGUCAACUCUCAGUCGUUAUAUAUCUGUUUUUAGCCCAUUCAUUAUGGCUACGUUACUGGUUUUGAAAAUAUUCAUACCGCUAUUGAUGAUAGCGCUGCUCUUCGCAGCGGUUCUACGGUUUAAUCACGAAGCCAUCCAACGACUUUCGUGCCUGGUGCUUAUUAUUACCGAUCUCAUGGCUAUGUGCUUUUUUCAUCAACUCAAGGAUGACGGCAGUUGGUUAGACAUUGGUUUGAGUAUAUCCCAGUAUUUAAUAUCAAUGUGUAUGUCUGUUGCUGUUCUGCUAUUACUAUUAUGUGCUAGUACUCUAAUGACAACCACAUUGUCCCGGUAUAAUAUCGAGAAAAUUAAAAAAGUGUUGAAAGGUGAACGAAAUGAUUGCCUUUUGUGA